GUUGAAUGAUCAUCAUGUAUAGGGAAUAUAAACUGAAACAUGCUAAUGUGGGAAAAGAUCCGCCCCUUUUCCGGUUGAGUGAAGAACACGGGUCACUUCCUGUAUUCGGCAGCAGGCAGACAAGAAUGUCAGAGCGAGGGAAAUUAGACGCUCUUUCCUUACUGAGGGAGAGUCUGCGAUACGAGGGGACAGGGGCAUCACACGUGUUUGUGAUAUUAGGGGCCUCGGGAGACUUGGCCAAGAAGAAAAUUUACCCCACAUUAUGGUGGUUGUACAGAGAUGGACUGGUUCGAAAGGAAACGUAUUUCAUUGGCUAUGCUCGCAGCAAGAUGACCAUAGAGGACAUUCGACAGAAGGCCUUGCCAUUCAUGAAGGUCAAAGAUGAUGAGAAACAGAAGUUGGAGGAAUUUUUCAAGGUCAACGAGUACAUUGCCGGGAGUUACGACAAACCCGAGGGAUUCUCCCGUCUGAACAAAGCCAUCAAGGAUAAAGGCAGCUGUAACAGAAUUUUCUACCUCGCACUGCCGCCCUCGGUCUAUGAGUCAGUGACACUGAAUCUCAAGGCCGUCUGUAUGUCUGAGGGGGAUAAGUGGACACGGGUCGUCGUGGAGAAGCCGUUCGGGAAGGACUUGGAUAGUUCUAAUCAGCUGUCCAAUCACCUGGCAGCUCUCUUCAAAGAGGAGGAAAUCUACAGAAUAGACCAUUAUCUUGGCAAGGAAAUGGUCCAGAAUCUCAUGGUCCUCAGGUUUGCUAACAAGAUCUUCAGUCCUGUGUGGAACAGAGAUGGGAUUGCGUCAGUUGUCAUCAGCUUCAAGGAACCAUUUGGAACCCAGGGAAGAGGAGGAUAUUUUGAUGAAUUUGGAAUCAUAAGAGAUGUUAUGCAGAACCACCUGUUACAGAUUCUAACUUUGGUUGCCAUGGAGAAGCCACCAACCACUGCUGCAGAGGACAUCAGAAGUGAAAAGGUGAAGGUUUUAAAGAGCAUCUCUCCAGUAGAGCUGGAUAAUGUGGUGCUGGGGCAGUAUGUGGGGAAUCCGGACGGGGAGGGAGACGAAAAAAUAGGAUACCUGGAGGAUCCCACUGUACCAAAAGGUUCUACGACGCCGACAUUUGUGACCGCUGUCCUGAAGGUGAACAACGAGAGAUGGGACGGUGUGCCGUUUAUCCUCAGAUGUGGAAAGGCUCUGAAUGAGAGAAAAGCAGAGGUUAGGAUACAGUUCAAGGACGUUGCUGGGGAUAUUUUCCCGUCGGGUGAAGUGAAGCGGAAUGAGUUAGUCAUCCGUGUCCAGCCAGAUGAAGCAGUUUAUCUGAAGAUGAUGACAAAAUCACCCGGAAUGUCAUUUGGAUGUGAGGAAACGGAGCUGGAUCUCUCUUAUAACAGUAGAUACAAGGGUUUGAAGCUCCCUGAUGCCUAUGAACGACUGAUUCUUGAUGUGUUCACUGGUUCUCAAAUCCACUUUGUCAGGUCUGAUGAACUGUACGAGGCCUGGAGGGUAUUUACUCCCUUACUCCAUAAGAUUGAGAAAGAGAAACCCAAACCCAUACCCUACAAAUAUGGCAGCCGAGGGCCAAAAGAGUCGGAUCAGCUCUGCGAUAAGUUUGAUUUCAAAUACUAUGGAACUUACAAGUGGACUGAUAAAAAAGCCUCGUUAUAAACGUUUCUGUGAUUCAGACUGUCGUAUCUCCCUGAUGUAGCUGUUGCCUUUCACCCCCACUGCUGAUAGAUGAUCUCUGGCUGUUCUGUUAACCUCCACCCAUUCAAGGAUGUGAUUAACACUCAAUUUCUUACUAAUCAUGCUAAUCACUUAAUAACUUUCAUGUAGUCAUAUUUAUAUGUACAAGAGACAGUGUCUGGUCAAUGGAAGUUUCAAAAAAAAAAAAACUUUGAACAAAAAAGAACACAAGGAUUGUUUGACUGUGUUUUAUUAAUGCAUUGUUUCAGCUGUGUCAUUAUACGUAUCUAGAGAGAAUUCUUAUUUAAUUAUUUAUAAUUGUCAUAUAUAUGUAUACAUUAAUUUUAUACAAUGUUUAGGAAGUCAGAUAAUUGAAAUUAAACCAUUUUUUCUCUUCUACUAGUAAA